AUGGAUUCCCAACCUCAGAAAAUUCAAACCCAUAUCUCAAAAGCCUGGGAACUCAGACUUGUGUUAUGUGAAAGAACUGAUGGACAGCAUAGGGCGACACUGGAAUGUAGACAUAUUGAAAGAGGCCUUCCCGCACUCACGACCCAGUGCAUUAGUUCGCGACCACGUGAGUUUCACCGAGAGGAGCUAGAGACUCGCGUCACUCGAGUGACUACUUGUGCCAGCCCGGCACCCGCGGCCCGAGAUGGCAUCCGCGACGCUGUAAGUGUUGCCGCGCGAGACCAGGCACUCGCGAUCCGAGUCGCUGUCCACGAGGUCGUGAGUGCCGCUCGAGAGAAGCCCCGUGCCAGCACCAACUCGCGACCCGAUGUGAGCCCCGCAACCCUGCGAAUUCCUGAAUAUAUAGCAUUAUUAUCCACGAUCAAUGGGCAAAAAGAGCAAAGCUUAUCGUGA